AUGGAUCCUGAAGGUUUCACGAGUGGCUUAUUCCGUUGGAAUCCAACAAGAGCAAUGGUUCAACAACCACCACCUCAGGUUCCUCCUCCGCCGCAGCAAUCUCCGACAACGCCGCAUACGGCGGCUGCAGGAGCUUUUGGGAUGCGACUAGGUGGUUUGGAGGGUUUGUUCGGUGCUUACGGGAUACGUUUUUACACGGCGGCGAAGAUAGCGGAGCUAGGUUUUACGGCGAGUACGCUCGUGGAUAUGAAAGAUGAGGAGCUUGAAGAAAUGAUGAAUAGUCUCUCUCAUAUCUUUCGUUGGGAGCUUCUCGUUGGUGAACGGUACGGUAUCAAAGCUGCCGUUAGAGCUGAACGGAGACGAGUGCAAGAAGAAGAGGAGGAGGAAGCUUCUCGACGCCGUCAUAUGCUACUCUCCGCCGCUGGUGAUUCCGGAACUCAUCAUGCUCUUGAUGCUCUUUCUCAAGAAGGCUUAUCAGAGGAACCGGUGCAUCAUCAAGACCAAACCGAUGCGGCCGGGAACAACGGCGGAGACCGCGGAGGAGGAAGUAGUUAUUGGGAAGCAGGUCAAGGAAAGACGAAGAAGAACCAGCAACAACAACAAAGACGUAGAAAGAAACCGAUGAUGACGUCAGUGGAGACCGACGAUGACGCAAACGAAGGUGAUGAUGAUCAAGACGGUAACGGAGUUGGUGGUGGGUUGGGGAUGGAGAGACAAAGGGAGCAUCCGUUUAUUGUAACGGAGCCUGGGGAAGUGGCACGUGGCAAAAAGAACGGUUUGGAUUAUCUUUUCCAUUUGUACGAACAAUGCCGUGAGUUCCUUCUUCAAGUCCAGACAAUUGCUAAAGACCGUGGCGAAAAAUGUCCCACUAAGGUGACGAACCAAGUGUUUAGGUACGCGAAGAAAUCGGGAGCAAGUUACAUAAACAAACCAAAAAUGCGACAUUAUGUUCACUGUUACGCUCUCCACUGCCUAGACGAAGAAGCUUCAAACGCUCUUCGAAGAGCGUUUAAAGAACGCGGCGAGAACGUUGGCUCGUGGCGUCAAGCUUGUUAUAAGCCACUCGUUGACAUCGCAUGUCGUCAUGGUUGGGAUAUAGACGCAGUUUUUAACGCUCAUCCUCGUCUCUCUAUUUGGUAUGUUCCCACUAAGCUGCGCCAGCUUUGCCAUUUGGAGCGGAACAAUGCGGUUGCUGCGGCUGCGGCUUUGGUUGGUGGUAUUAGCUGUACCGGAUCGUCUGCGUCUGGACGCGGUGGGUGCGGUGGCGAGGAGUUGCGGUUCUAG